AUUGACAUCAUCAGGUUUCAAGAAGGAACAGGUGAGAGUUCAACUGACCAAAACGGGAAUUCUGAAGAUCAGCGGAGAAAGGCCGAUUAGGCAGAACAAACGGCAGAGGUUUCAGAAGGACUUUCCUGUUGCAGAAAAUUGUGACAAAAGUAAAAUCAGUGCAAAGUUUGAAAAUGGCAUUCUUCAUGUUAAACAGCCGAAACUGAUAACUUCAACACUGAAAAAGGAUAAGGAAUUGCCAGCCUCAGAAGCUGAGAAUACGCCUGCUAAAAGACAGAAGACCUCUUUAAGAGAUGAACUUACUAGGCAGGAUAAUGCUGAUAUUAAUAACCCUGCGAAAGAGCCAGCAAAAGAAGAACAAAACAACCCUGCGAAAGAGCCAGCAAAAGAAGAACAAAACAACACUAGUCCUAAAACCAGUGAGCAAACAGAGGGUAGAAAUAUUGGAGAAAAAUCACUAGCAGAUAAAAGUAGUUCAAGUAGUUCUUACAGUGAAUCUGAAAGUGAUGAAUCGUCUGAUGAUUCGACGGAUGAUGAAACAACCGGAAACGCUAGCUGUUUGGCUGCAAACCCGAAGAAGCCAAGGAAAAUGAUGAAAAUGACUCUUGUUGCUCUGUUGAUUCUUGGUAGUGGGGUCUAUGUCGCCAACAUGAUGAAGUCUGCGAACGAAGCUGAAGAAAUGGAUCUAGUUUUUAUGUAGCCCAAAAUUGGUUGGGAUAUGUGCAUUUCCCCCCAGCUAUGACUGAAUAAAAUAACUAUUCAAUUUCUAAACUGUAAUCAAUCAAUUUGUUUGAAUAAAUCAUAAGUGCU